UCAAGUUUACAAGUCCAAAAACAUAUGUGAUUUUAACGGUCACGUGUGUCCCCUAGCUAGCAAACCAUCUCUAUUUUACAUAAUUCAUUUCCUUGAUUUCUGUGAUCCAACCAAUUCAACUAUAAAAACCCAUCACCAACCUUCACAUUUUUCACCUCCAAAACUAUAUACACAAUCAGAUCAUCAUCAGAUUAAUUAACCACCAUGGUCUCGGAGAGGAACUGGUCCAAACACGUGUGCGUGAUCGGAGCCGGUCCGUCGGGGCUGGUGGCCGCUAGGGAGCUGAGGAAGGAAGGUCACAGUGUGGUGGUUUUUGAACAAAACCAUGAUGUUGGAGGGCAAUGGCUGUAUGACCCUAAAGUGGAGGGUGAGGAUAACCUAGGGAAGGGCACUACCCUAAAGGUCCACAGCAGUAUAUAUGCCUCAUUAAGGCUCACAUCUCCUAGGGAGAUCAUGGGUUACACUGAUUUUCCAUUUUUGGUGAAGAAAGGUAGGGACAUGAGGAGGUUUCCUGGACAUAGGGAACUCCUACUGUACCUAAAGGACUUUUGUGAAUGGUUUGGGUUGAGAGAGAUGAUAAGGUUUAACACUAGGGUGGAGUAUGUGGGCAUGUUGGAUUAUGCUGAAUUUGGUAAAGAUUUGAGAUGGGUUGUUAAGAGUAGUAAAGAUGAUCAGAACAAGUCAGAGAAGGUGGUGGAGGAGGUUUUUGAUGCAGUGGUGGUGGCCACUGGUCAUUACUCUAAGCCUAGGUUGCCUGCCAUCAAAGGAAUGGAUGCAUGGAAAAGAAAGCAAUUUCAUAGCCACAUUUACAGGAUUCCUGAUCCCUUUCGGAAAGAGGUUGUGGUGGUGGUUGGAAAUUCACUGAGUGGACAAGAUAUAUCAAUGGAGCUUGUGGAUGUGGCAAAGGAAAUACAUCUUAGUUCCAAAUCGCUUGACGUAUCUGAGGGCUUGUCUAAAGUCAUCUCCAAGUAUGAAAACUUGCAACUUCGUCCACAGAUUGAGUCUCUACACGAAGAUGGAAGGGUUUUAUUCGUAGAUGGCUCCUGGGUCAUUGCAGACACCAUUAUAUACUGCACAGGGUACUCAUAUUCAUUCCCAUUUCUUGACACCAAAGGAAUAGUGGUAGUGGAUGACGACAGAGUGGGACCUUUGUACGAGCACACUUUCCCUCCAUCACUUGCUCCCUCUCUCUCCUUUGUAGGCAUUCCUAGAAAGCUCAUAGGUUUCCCUUUCUUUGAGUCGCAAGCAAAAUGGAUAGCUCAGUUACUGGCUGGGAAAAGAACAUUGCCAUCAAGGGAUGACAUGAUGCAGUCCAUCAAGGAGUUCUAUCACUCAAGGGAUCUUGAUGGCAUCCCAAAGCAUAAUACCCAUGAUAUUGCAAAUUUUGAGUACUGUGACAUGUAUGGAGAUCACAUUGGAUUCCCACACCUCGAAGGAUGGAGAAAAGAUCUUUGCCUUUCUGCUUUAAGAAAUGCAGAUGUCAACUUGGACACAUAUCGUGAUUUAUACGAUGAUCAACAGGCUCUUCAACUGGCUCUUCAAAGCCCUCAUUUCACUCAACUUGGACCUCAAGCUUUUACUGCGUGAAACAACCCCUUACAGUUGCCUCGUUUCACCAUUACAGGUUACUAUAAAGUUCAGAGCAAAAGAGUCUGAAUUUUUUUUUGCUUUGUAAGUACAGUUUUAAGGGUAAUUCACUUUUCAAACAAAGUGCUACUCAUUUGGUUGGUAAGGCAUGUUUUGGGUAGGGAUCAGGGGAAGUACUUUUUUUGCUUUUGAAACGAAAGACGCCUUCGCUUUUAGAAGCAAGUCAAGUACUUCCACAAUCAUAAUCAAAUUGUCCCCAUAUUUUGAGUUGUGAGGAACAACUUUUAAGACUGAUGUUUUCUAUCUUUCAAAUUUAUUAUUGAACAACAUUAUAUUCUUGUCAA